AGCUCGACAAAACAAACACAACAACAACACCAAAAACAAAAACAAAAAAACAAACAAAAAACCCCCACCAAAAUCAACACACAACAAAACAACCCGUGUAUACGUACAUGUAGUUAUUUUCAGUAUUCCAGAAGCAGUUAAUGCUAUUAACUUACUCUACAAGACGUUUUGAAAAACCAUACUGCACAUGAAUUUGGAUAAAAAGUUAAAGAACGGGCCAUUGACCAUUCAAUGACACGACAGCAACCAACAGAAAGAUAGAAAUGAAAAGGAAAUCGGAUUGGUCCUAUCACCCGCUGAAAAUUCCCACCAUAUGACGUCAAGUGUACAUCUGAUGCUCCGGAGAAAAGAGAACAAUCUCUCAGACAGAAUCUGUCUUGAUAUCAGUGAGGUCACGCUUGUUAUGUCUGUUCACAUGCAAUUUUUAGUGUUGCUUGCAACCCUUCCAUCGGUUGUUCUAUCUUUGACAAUUCUAAAACCCGGUAAGUCUCGCUCAGUACUAUGCUCAUUUUGCCGUACGCGAUAUUCUUACUUGAAGCUUUUUUACAGCCGCCCUCUCAUUCAUGUCCUCUGUCAGUGCACGACACAAUCAGACGGGACUCCGAUGAAAUUUCCUUCAAAUAAUCCGAAUUCUGAUCAUGAAAAUUGUAAAAUUCUAGGUUACAGUGAUGACAAUGUGUAUCACUACAGCAAUAUAAGUAAAGAAGAAGAAUCGUAUGACAUCACCGGAAAGGAUGGAACCGGAAGUGAAUAUGUUGACAUAGACUGGGACGUCAUACAAAAGGAAAAGGAUCAACUGGUAAACUUUUCAAAAAAAUUCAAAGAUGACAUUGCAACUGACCCGGAAGUCAAUAGCGGAACAGGAAACGAAGACUUUAUUCAAGCAGCAGAAGAAUCUAUGCCAGUUCCUUCAAUGAACGUCCACAUCAUGGCGGUCAUCGACUCCCAACUGUUUCGGAAAUUCCUCAUAAGGAACCAGAGAGACAUUCGACAGACCCACAAUGCUAUAAUCUUGUACUUCAGCAUGGUAUUUGCUAUGGUGAACGAAAGAUUCCAAACUAUGAAGAAAUAUGGGUUAGGCAUGAAAAUUAGAUUGGCAGCUAUCGUCAUCGAAGAGAGGGAGCAGGACGCUCCUUGGUUGAGGGGACACAUUCAGCGCAACUCCUACACCAUGGAGCCAAUGAUAGACGCGGAGUCGGCACUAAAGGACCUCACAAAAUGGUUGAAGAACAACAACCUGCCGGACUACGAUCAUGCAGUGGCCUUUACUGGGUAUACUUUAGUGAAAAAUGCGAAGAAAAUUGACGGUUUGGCUUAUAUGAACAAGAUUUGUGACAGGCGAGGUCAUUCCUCAUCCAUUGUGGGAGAGAACGGCGAUUUCAUGAGUGUGGGCGUGGUGGCCCACGAAAUAGCUCACAGUCUUGGUGCUUCUCAUGACGACAGCAGUGGUAAUGGCGGAAACUGUUCAGCAGACGACAACUACAUUAUGGCCCCACAGCAUCAAAUGGACCCGGAUAAAGUUAAAAAUCUGUACCAAUUCUCGUCUUGCUCAACCAAUAAGAUUGUUCAACAUAUCAGAUCUGAAGCACCCCAGUGCCUAAGUGACGAGAACCACAAUUUCCUGUAUUCUUACAACCUUGACAAACAACCCCCAGGUCAGAUGUUCACUCAGGAAACCCAGUGUAAACUGGUAUUUGGCGACAAUUCGACAGUUUGCUAUUAUGCAACCAAGUCAUCCUCUGACCCUGAUGCGUUCUGUGGAAACAUUUGGUGUCAGAAUCCAAACAACCCUAAAAUGUGUCAAACCAAAGCGAGGCUGGUCACAUUACCAGGAACUAUAUGUGACGACAAUAAAAUUUGCAGAAUGGGAAAAUGUGUUCCAAAACAGAUCAACAGAGAAUCUGAACAGUGUGGAGCUGUAGAAGAAGACGAGGUGUACUGUCGGACUCUGCUCCAGAGACAGGGAAAUCAGGCGUGUCAGUUCACGGCCGUCAGGAACGUGUGUUGUCGCACGUGUCUCAGGACGGGCCUGGACAACCAGAGCGUCGUCAGAAAAUAAUGUCACAAUAUUGUCAAGAGUCUAUCUGUAUGUCGUAAUUAGAAAGUCUCAUUAAGUGUUGUCGUAAUUGUUACAGAUAGACAGAGUAAUGUACAAUGUUGUUUAUUCUUUAAAUAUUAAAUGUAUACAAUUCCC